UGUAACAGCUGUAGUUCGGUGAUCGCAGUCAAGUAAGGUCAGGUCGAGCUGGUCGAGUCCGUUGCAGUCCGUUGCGAGAGAAUUACGAAUUACUUGUGAUUUGUGCGGUGACCAAUUCGGGUUCCGUACGAGACAAUGUUGUGCUAUUGCGAAAACAUGUAAUCGCAAGCAGUGCGAUCAGUGAUCUUAAAGUAAUAUGAAUACUAGUUUUACAUAAACGUUCUGUUCAAUGGUUCAAUACACUCGCAUUCAGAAGAAAUAAGUGUGCUGGUGACAUCUCGAUAUGGCUCGAGUUCAAUUAUAUGAAAGAGCUGUGGUCAUCCAUACACUUGAUAUAGAAAUUCAAGAUGGGGCGAAGAUUAAGGAAGAGCCAGCCGAUACGACAUCGAAUACCGAUGCAACCAAAGAUUCGAUGUUAGUUAGAAAUUGUUUUAGUUUAAUCGAUCAUGACUAUCAUUGCGACGAAUCAUCAUUACCUAAAAAGGAUACUUUGUAUAAAGACAUAAAUAACACAGAUAUAAAUAAUACAGAAAAUGGUCAUUCGUCGAAUGAUGAUUCCGUACAUUCAAAUGAUGUAAACAAGACUGUUAAUAUAGCGCAUACAAGUGCGAAACCGAAAGAAGAAAUACAUAACACCUUAUUACAAUUUAACAAACAAGAGUGUUCCAAUGAAGUCUCUAAUAAUAAAAACACUAAUGUGUUACGCACAACUACGAAGAAUGUUAAGGCAAAAAGAAAAUCAAAACGUCGGCGUAAAACGCCGUCAGAGUGUAAUGUAUGCUUUAGAACGUUCUCUUCUGGUCGAAAUUAUGGAUACCAUUUACGAUAUUUUAGUUAUAGCGAUAAUAACAUCUGCAGAUUUUGUAACAGACAUUACGUAACAAAAGGACUAUUACAGACUCAUGUGUGUCUUCCUGAUGUGUGUAAAAACACAUAUAGAUACAAGUGUCAUUUUUGCACUCGUACUUUUCGCAAAAAAGUAUUAUUACAAUCUCAUUUGUUUCAUAUACACGGUGAAUUAAUAGAUUGUAAUAACGAAAUAAAACACAAGACUUCCAGAUCCAAGAACGUAAAUACACCUCCUGAAGAUGCUACUUUAAGAACUGGUGCAAAUGGAGAAUCAUAUUCGAAUAAUCUCAGAGAAGAUAAUUUUAAAUCAGAGGAGAUAAAUACUACACUUACAAAUAACGUUAAUAAAUCACCCAAUGAUGAAAUAUCGCCAACUACUAAAAGAUUACGGCAACCAACAUUAACGGAAUACCUUGAACUUUGCAAAAAGAAACGCGAUAUUAAACUCAGUCCAAAUAAAUUGAACUUUGUGAAAAAUGAUUUUCCAAAAUCAGAUAAUCUCCCAAAACAAACGACACCUUCCACUCUGGAACGAACAACUGUAAAACAUGAAACGCCUAAAAAGCCAUUUGUAAGAUUACAUGCGGAUUUUGAAAUGAUGAAAUCUUUUCUGGAGAAUCUUUCCGAUACGGUUGUCAAAGAUAAAAGACCGAACCUCCUGACCAAAAGUCGAAGAAGUAACACUAUUUCAUAUGAUCGUGAGGUACCCUACCGUUUACGAUCUCUAGGUGGACAUUUCUCCAUGGAAAUAGAUCAAAAUAUAGGAAUAAGGAGAAGAAACAGGACUCGAUUUAACAUAGAACUUAAAAGGAAACAGAAUGCUAUUGAUGAGGCAGACAAGGUAGAUCCUGAAGUAGAUUUGAAAAUUGUUAGAGCUCGUUUUAAUUGCAAGGAGUGUACAAUUCCUUUAACAAGAUGUGAUGAACGACCAAGAAAUUCUUAUCAGAUUUCUACGAUUGAUACCAUGAAAAACACUUCUCUCACUACUCAAUGCAACUCUACAUUGGUUGAAGAAAGUGAUGCAGGAAAUAAUAUGGCGCUCAAGGACUUAGAGGUUUCUGUGGAACGUUUAAUAUCUGUUCCCAAUAUAAAAGUAAAGACAGAAUUGGACGUCGAGACACAUAAUAACAAUUGUUUUUUGUGUAAAGUCUGUAAAAAGACAUUUUCUUCAAGAUUGGACAGACACGUACAUAUUAAGUCGUCUCAUAUAGCAUACAUGUCAAGCAUAUGCGAUGCGCGAUAUACACAGAAGCAUAAAUUACUUCAGCAUUACUUAUCUGAACAUCUAUUUAAACAAAAUCAAUGUUGCAUUUGUUACAUGUUAUUACCCGAUUAUGAAGCCCUGAUGCAACACUUAAAUGUUCACUGUCUGAAGUACAUUCAAAGAGAGGACGAUAAAUAUCCAAUAGAUAUUGAGUUAAAAUGCGAUUUGAUAAAAAAAUCUCUUACGUGUCUACAUUGUAACCAAAAAUUCUCGUCACAAUCAUCUUUAGAGGCACAUCAAAGUUGUUGCAUAGUACAAGAAGAAAUGGAAAAAGAUCAGCAAGAAUCUACUGAAGAAGCAAGUGCACAUCCGAAGGACAUUCCUGAGAUACAGCACGGGCAGAACACCGAUGAAAUCAUACUCACGUGUGAUGAAAUAAUUAAUCCAGAUGAUUCGAGUGAAACUUUAAAUAGCGACUGCGUAGAAGAAAAAUCAAACGAACAUCAAACAUCGCUUCAUAGUGAAAAAGAACCGGAAAUUAAUGAAGCUAAUCGAAACGUUCUUGUUAAUAAUAACUUAAGUGAGGAGAAAAUCGAAAGUGUCAACAAAUCACAAGACUCUAAAAAGCUUUCAGAAAAUAACAAUUCCGCAAUUAGUAAUCAGAAUACUGCGAAUACGCAAUUGGAUGACACUACAAGAACUAUGACUUAUCCCUGCGAUAUAUGUGGAAAGCAAUUUCACAAUCCCAAGAAUUUGGAGAUACACACACGCAGCUUUAGUUUUAGUACCGAUAUCUGUCCAAUGUGUGGCACUGGAUUCAGUUCUAAACGACUUUUACAGACACAUAUCUCUGCAGCGCAUGUACAACAGAUUUCACAGACUUAUAGUUUUCAUUGCGUAUUCUGUAAUCAAGGUUUUCUAAAAAAACACGAUCUUCGGCCUCAUAUAUUGCACUUACAUAGUCAACAAGUGCUCAACACGCUCGCGUGCAAUUAUAAUGUGAGUCAAGAGAAAUCCGAUAAGUCAUCAGUUAUCCAUACCAAGAUGUGUAACGUUUGUAAUUUAGUAUUUGAGACUAAUGAUCGUUACGUAGAACACCGGAUGUACUAUUACAAAAACCAUACAUUCACAUGUUCACUUUGCGCGCAAAACUUUCAGGGAUUGUACAUGUUUAAUCAUCAUACCAAACUUAUACAUUAUUCGGAAGAAAAACGCAAGGCAUAUAGUUAUAUCUGCGAAAUAUGCAACGAGGGAUUCAAUCAUGAGAAUCAUUUUUAUUCGCACAAUAUGCACGUUCAUUCGAAUGAAGUGAAUUUAGUUGAGACUGCAAAAGAAGAAAGAAAUUCUAACGUCCAGGAGAAAAUUGGAAAUUCUUCAACGGACCAACAAAAACAAAAUAAACAGCUAUCAAACGAGUAUACUUGCGAAAUUUGUCAACUGAAAUGUAUAGACAUGGAUGAUAUGGUAAAGCACAGAGAACUUUACUCCAAUGAUGGCGAUUUUAGAUGUGACAAGUGUAAAAGAAGAUGCAGAACAAUUCAUUUACUUGAUCAACAUAGGAAAUUAACUCACUUAUAUCGUGAUAUUUAUAAUAGACAUGCGUGCCACGUUUGUGAUGAAGUUCUGGAAACUGUUACUGCGUUAAACUGUCACGAGAAACAUUUUCAUUCAAAUAUUACUGAUAAUAAUAAGGAUAAUUGGAAAAAUUGUGAUCAGAUGUCAUCUUCAAACAUUACAUCCAAGAUAACGGAGCAUCCACGUAAAUCUAAAAAUGAUACAUGUACGGAAACUAAAUACAAUUGCGUGUUCUGCAACAUGAAGUUCCCCACUGCUAACACUGUCCAAACACAUAUUGUACAUGUUCAUAUGGAUGAUAUGAUAGCUAAACGAGCUAUUUUAAAACUUACUCUUCCCAUUGUUAAUAACGAUGACAUUCAGAAACAAUUACUUGAAGCUGAUCCAGCAACAUCGGUAGCAUCGAUGUCAUCAGCAUCGACAUCUGAAGAUAAUUCAACUCAACUUCUUCAAAGACCAAUGAUUCAACGGCCUGUCUAUAAACUCUUAGGUAAUACUACGGCUAAAAAUACGAUAAAGAAGUAUGAUAGAGCUACUAUCGAAUUAUUAAAGAAAGCUGCACGUUCGAAAAAUAAUAAAAUUACAGAGAAGACUUCGAUUCCUGCAAUUCCAUGUAUUAACAAAUCUAAAGAUAUUUCGACAGUUAGUACUAUUGCACCAAAUACAGAAUCAAAAACGAAUACUUUAGUUUCUCUAUCCACUGGACUAACAACUUUUAGGACCGUCGCACCAAGUAAAUUUGGAAACAACACUUCAGUUCUUUUAUCCACUGGAGCAACAAUAUCUAAAGCUAUUGUAACAAAUACUGAAUCCAAAGAUAAUACUUUAGUGCCACCAUCUGGAUCAACUAAUGAUCUUCAAAAAAGUUCUGACGUGUCUUUAAAAUCUGGGUCAAUGAAUAAACUUGAAGCUAAAUCAAUUUUAUUGGCGAAUAGAUGUAUAACAAAUAAAUCCAAACCAGAACCUUUAUUAACUGAACCUUCACCUAUAUUCAGACGUGUUAUGCCAGAAAAAUGCAAAAGCAAUGAAAUUACAAAUCAGAAAUCUGAAUCAGUGAACGGUUACUGUCAUGGUUAUUCAUGUCCGUUAUGUCCGCUAGAAUACCCAUCUUUGAUGUUUUUCCACGCUCAUCUGAAAUACGCUCAUGCAGAUGCCAUCCGAAUUAUUGAAAAGAGGAGAAAUCGAGAAAGGAAAGUUGGUGUGAUAGAAUGUUUAUUGUGUCCAUGUAAUUUCACUAUUGAGACCAAGUAUAAAAAACACUUGAGAAAUUCUCAUACGUAUUAUGUGUAUAUCCCACAUUCUCAAGAAAAGACAAAAAUCAAUAACGAGCGUAAUCCUCUAGCAAAAAAGACGAACAUCAAUAGAAAAAGCACCAUUCCUGAAACAAUUACUGUAGAUGACGUUCCUGAAACAAUUACUGCAAAUGACGUUCCUGAAACAAUUACUGUAAAUGAUGAUGAUGAUGCUAACAUCAAGAAUACAUCAGAUCAACAGGCAACUGAAGUAACAGCCACGCCCGAUCACGGAAGACAGAAUGAGAAAAUUGGUAAAUUGAGAGUGAGGUCUUUUGCAAAGAUCAUUGAAAAUUUAUCUGCGGAUUCUACAUUGAAACUGUAGACUACGCAAAUCUCAAACCAUUUUGAUACUAGAUUUACCAUAAAAGUUCAAGUUUCAGCAAUUCAGUUAAUAACGCAUAUGCCAAUUUAUAAUAUACUUAAAUAACGAUAACAAAAUAUUUCAGCUUUGAUAAUUUGUUGCAGAAAGCUACUUGAAUGACAAAAGAAACUUAUUUGUUUCAUUGUGAAUAUAUAAUUAGUAUCGAAUACUGAUUAAUUACAUCGAUUGUUUUACCAAAAUGAAUAUACGUACUAUUAUAUUAUUUAAUGAAACAAAAAAUUAAGUUACAAACAAAUGCGAUAGAAGUUAGUUAUGCGAUAACUUAGUUAUUAUCAAUUUGUAUGGAGCUUUUUGAAUAGUAAGAAGGUUGAUAAGUAGCGUUAAAUAUAUUUAUAUCCAUCUUAAAUCAUAAGCGCCCAUUAGGAUUUUAUAUUAUAUUAAUCUUGCGUUAAUUACUAUUAUUGUAAGCUGAGUUAAAUAUGUUGAUUAUGUAAUACUGUAAAUUUAUCAUUCAUUAUUUAUGUUGGCAAAUAUAAUUCUUGAAAUUAAAAAUAUGACUAAAGUUUAAUUUUAAAAAUCUUAUUAUUUCUUAAUAUUUUUAAACUUUAUUAUAUACAAGGAUGUGUGUAAGAUUAAUUACUGACUUCUUUUAUAAAUAAUCUUUUAUAAAUUUGUGGUUUUUAUGUUUGGAUUGUAAAUAUACUAUUGUACCCACAAUUAAAUUUUGCUUAUCAGUGUAUCUAUUAAAAAUCUACUAUUAAAAACUAAUAAAAACUUGAAAUUCGUGAAUUUGUCAAUUUGUGAAUUUUAUUAUAAUUCUUUGUAAUUGUAUUGUAUAACGUUUUAGCUCUGUCUUUCUUUUCA